GUUUCUUCUAUCUCUCUUUCAUCAUCUGACUAGACUGACCCUCCCCUUCGGUAAUUACAUCUCCGGCGAAGUUACGGAAUCCGUCAAUCCCCUCUCUCACGCUUAGACGUAUAUUUAUACGUUCCUAUGACGCUUCCAAAUGCUUCAAAAGAAAAUCAGCAUUGAAAGAGAAAGCUAAGUAAAAAAACCCAAAACCACACUGAAUACCACCUUUUUCAUUCCGAUACCACCCUUUCUCUUCCCCGCCCGCAUCUCCUAUACCGCCCAAAAUCCCAUUCCAACCUUGUUUUCCUGUUUUCCGGCCUUCUCGUGUCCAUUUUCUCAGCAUUCAAACAGAUACUUUCCCUGUCCUUUCCUUUUUCAUAUUUUGUUAGGGAGGGUUUCUGCUAAUACCACUAAUCCGUGCAUUCCAGUCUUCAAUUCCGGUUGUCUGGACUUCACGGUACUUUGUUUUGGGGGCAAUUUGCUCUCAUACCAAACAGAGGGUUUGGCGAAGAUUAGGAGGCUGUGGUAAUUGAUCAUGGCCGUACAUGUCGAGGGUCGAGACGAUGGAGUUUUGAGGACAAUGGUGGCGGCGCCGCCGUGGGGCACGUGGGAGGAGCUGAUCCUGGGCGGCGCCGUUCUACGACACGGAACCCAAGCCUGGGCCGCCGUCGCUUCGGAGCUCCGAGCUCGAACCCUAUAUCCCUACAGCUUCACUCCCGAGGCAUGUAAAGCCAAAUAUGAAGACUUGCAACGACGGUAUUCUGGCUGCACAGCUUGGUUUGAAGAACUACGAAAGAGACGUGUAGCAGAACUGAGACAGGAAUUAGAGAGAUCUAAGGACUCAAUUGGGUCUCUCGAAUCAAAACUUGAAAAUCUCAAGGCUGAAAAAGGAGAAGUCAAGCAUGUUGGUUAUGGCUCCAGCCAGCCCAAUUCUGCUUUGGCUGUAGUGAAGUCAGAAGGAGUUGAAUCUUGUGGUAAGGAUAACUCCAAGGAUGGACUAUCCGCUGGCAGUUUCACCCAGGAUAUACAGAUGAACUGGCUACCAAAAUCUCGAGUUUCAGCAACAGCAGCAGUUCCAGAGAUUGAUGUGAAAUCAGAAAUUUCCGAAUCUUCAGAGCAGGAGAAAACUUCAAGCUUUAAUGAAUUGGAAGGGACCGGGAUUGAACAAACAGGGGCUCUGCAAAGGAGGAGGGGGAAGAUAAAGAGGAAAAUUUGUAGUAGGGAACCCAGAGAAGGGAGCACUGGAGAGAAUGUGAAUUUGCACUCAUCCAACGUUCAAACUGCCUCCCGGAGUAAUGAAAAUUCAACCAGCAACUUUGGUCCAACAGUAAAAUCUUCAAUUGUUAAUGAUCACCACCGAGGCUCAUGUGUGGUUGAAAACAAUGCUUUGAUGGGUAUUUUUAACUGUGUUGCAGAGAAUGAAAAUGCCUUGGCCUUUCAACGCAGGCUUGAUAGCCAGAAGCGAGCAAGAUAUAGAAAAAUCAUACGUCAACAUGUGGAUUUUGACACCAUAAGGUCAAGGAUCGCCAGCUUUGCCAUCUCGUCAGUGAAGGAGCUGUUCCGAGACAUGCUUUUGGUUGCCAACAAUGCCCUGGUCUUUUAUUCCAGAAGAACACGAGAAUACAAGACUGCGCUUUUUCUCAGAGAUAUCGUCACCGAAGCUUAUCAACAGCACUGCAAGAACUCCAGCAUGAGAGCUGCCUCUCCUAUUUUUCCUCUAUCACUGUUGUACAAUCCUCCUGUGAAGCCUCGAAGCAUUCGCCCACGUAAACAUAAGUUAUCGGCUAAGCUGCCCGAUGCUAAAAACAUCGUUUCUGGGAUCCCAGAUGGCUGUAGAAAGCCCAACAAUGCUGAGGAUGUUGCAGCUGGAGCUCCAGAAAGAUGUAGAAAGCCAAGCAAUGCUGAGAUGGUUACUUCUGAGACUCCACAAGUCUGUCGAAAGCCCCAGGCUGACAAAGGCGUCAGCCAAGCGGGUAAGAUCCGAGAUGCAUGCUCUGAUCGACAUCUGAAAGAUCCGAUCAAGGAAAGAAAGCGAGCUCGGUAAAGAUGAACAAUCAUACAAUUUUGUCUACUAAUUCUGUUGUCCAGGUUGUAUAUCAGUACUUGGUCUGUGCGUCGUUUUGGCGUAGAAUGUCUCAUAAUUGCCUUGUAUAGUGACACCCUUUAGGCUGGAAAAAGAAAUGGGAAAGAUAGAGCUAUGAGGAUCAAUGUGAAGCUGUGAAUUAUUGAGAUCCAAUAUGAACAUGCUAAGUUUUCAAAGUUU